CAUCCGGCAGACAGAGCGGCGCUCAGCUGCCAGAGCUGGUCUCCGCUGCCGGCCCUGCUCGUUGCUGCCCGCGGGCCCGCCCCGCGUGCCUCCACCCAGGCUUGGCGUAAAAGGAUACAUGUUCACUUCAAGUAGAAAGGAGCAUGUUCCCAAAUUUUUCCAACUUGGGUCGUCCACCCUUCCCUUCAAAGCAUCAGCAACAGAGUAAUUUCUUCAAUGUGCUUCCCAUAAAUAUACCUCCUACUCUUCUUUCUCACCAGCAAACUGCUGUUCCUCCGUUGAAUUUUCGCACUGCAGUUCUUUCUAGAGCUCUUUUGAGUGGGAACCUUGCAGCUACUCCAACUGUUACUUCAACUGCUACACUGCAACCAAUGGCUUAUGGAAAUGCCAGUCCAGUGUCUACGUCAGGUACCCUCACAUCGUUUCAAGGAAGAAAGAGGCAAAAUGAACAAAGUGUUUCACAUAAGGUCAAACGGCAGCGGAUUGAUUCACAGAAUUCUGACACAACUGUAGUUAACCAAGCCGUGCCUUUACCAGAAGAACGUCAACACUCCUUCCCACGACCAAUUUCAAUUCAGUCUCCAUCGUUCCUCGCUCGUGGCUCACCAGCUUUAGCUAGAUGUGUCCCUCCCUUGCAAGAUACUUUGUUUCCAGACCCUACAGAAGCCAGGCUCCCUCUGGCCAAAGAUGAGUUAAGUCAACAGGUUUUGGAGUUGUUUCAAGCAUGUCGACAACAGGCCUCUGAUUUGAACAGCAAAGAGCUCUGCAGAACAGAACUCCAGAGAGAAAUUCAGCUAAUUUUUCCACAGAGCAGACUUUAUUUGGUUGGAUCCUCUCUGAAUGGAUUUGGCACUCGUAGUAGUGAUGGUGAUUUGUGCCUGGUGGUUAAAGAAGAACCAGUGAAUCAGAAGACUGAAGCGAGACGUAUACUCAGCUCAGUUCAAAAACUCUUCAGUACUAAACUUUCAAGCUACAUUGAGCGACCUCAGCUGAUUAGAGCAAAAGUGCCAAUAGUGAAAUUCAGGGAUAAAGUCAGUAGCUAUGUGGAGUUCGACUUGAAUGUAAACAAUGUUGUAGGGAUAAGAAAUACAUUCCUUUUGAGAACCUAUGCAUUCAUUGAGAAUCGAGUUCGUCCAUUAGUACUGGUUAUUAAGAAGUGGGCAAGUUUUCAUGAGAUAAAUGAUGCCAGUCGUGGUACUUUAAGCAGCUACAGUCUUGUGCUGAUGGUUUUGCACUAUUUACAGACCCUACCUGAACCCAUCCUUCCAUCCCUCCAGAAAAAUUACCCAGAAUGUUUUGAUCCUACUAUGCAGUUGCAUCUUGUUCAUCAAGCUCCAUGUACCAUUCCUCCUUACAUCUCAAAAAAUGGAUCAAGCCUUGGAGAUUUGCUAAUAGGCUUCUUCAAAUAUUAUGCCACAGAAUUUGAUUGGAGCCAUCAAAUGAUUUCAGUUCGUGAAGCCAAAGCUAUACCAAGACCUGAUGGUAUUGAAUGGAGAAACAAAUUUAUUUGUGUAGAAGAACCAUUUGAUGGGACAAAUACUGCUAGAGCUGUACAUGAGAAACAGAAGUUUGAUAUGAUCAGAGGUGAAUUUGCACAGGCUUGGCGGGUAUUACGAGAUAAGAAAGACCUGAAAUGUAUAUUACCUUUAAGAGCAGACGAACUGAAAAGAUAACCAACUUCUUUCACUUUCUUUUUUUUUUUUUGUGAUCCUGCUGAAAAAAAGAACAGUAUGAAAAUCAGGAGGCAUCUACCCCAUGGCUCUUUACAACCUGUUUUCUCUAUAAACUUUUGUUAAGGAAAUGUUUAUUAUAAGGAUGUGACAUAUUUUAUUACCGACAUUUGUUAAUACAGCUGUUCAUUCAAAGAUAUGUUUUCUGAAAAUGCUUGUAUUGCUGGCUUCUAGAAGAAACUCACAGCAAACAACAAGAAUAAAUCUAUUUCAGGGAAAGUACGGGGAUAUAUUGACUUGUUGUUUGCGUAAUCUGUGUAGCCAUUAAUUCAGACAGAUUUAACAAUGAAACACUAGACAUUCAAAGUUAAUCAGUGUGCAAAUCUGACUCCAUCCUUAAGGCACUGUGCACAGUACCCACUUCUUGGUGAACAGAGAGCCCAUGCUUUACAUCUGCUUAAUUUUAGUAAGCACUUUGGUUCAACUUGGCACUUUCAGUUUUAUUUCACUUGGAAUAGCAAGUGACUCUUUAUGAAAUUGAAGCUAGAUUAUGGUUGGUAGUGUUCUGGAUAUUAAGAACUGUAAUCUGAACUGGAAUUUUCCAGCAACAUUUCUACUAUGAAGAAGAUGAAAUAAAAAAAGCUCAAUUCAAUAUACAUAAAUGCUUCAUAUUCACACAGAGUAGGCAAAAAAAAAUUUUGUGCUUCCUUUUACAUAUUUGAAGUAGUAGUGGUGCCUGCUUUGGAGAAAAAGA